CGAAGCAGCACUCGAUAACAGUCCUCUACCCCCUUGGCUGUUGGCGACAGCUCGGUCAACCAUGCCUUUGUGUGGCGCCCCAUCUGGAAGUUCAGGCCUUGGCCGUAGACCUAUACAGCGCAAGGUGGUCGUGUGCGGCGACGGUGCCUGCGGGAAGACCUCACUCCUCAACGUCUUCACACGCGGAUUCUUCACGCAGAUCUAUGAACCUACGGUGUUCGAGAACUACGUGCACGACCUUUAUGUGGAUGAUCAGCUGGUUGAACUUAGCUUAUGGGAUACGGCCGGUCAGGAAGAAUUCGACCGGCUACGAUCGCUCAGUUAUGCGGAAACGCACGUCGUCAUGAUAUGCUUCUCGGUAGACAACCCGGUGUCAUUAGAUAACGUAGAGGCCAAGUGGAUAGACGAGAUCCUAGAAUAUUGUCCGGGCGUGAAGCUGGUCCUUGUGGCGUUGAAAUGCGAUUUACGAGAGGAUCGCGGCGUUGCAGAACGUCUGGCGCGUUAUGGGACGCACACGGUCCAGUACGAGGAGGGCUUGGCUGUGGCGAGGCGAAUACGAGCGUCGCGAUACCUAGAAUGCUCCUCCAAGCACAACCGUGGCGUUAACGAGGUUUUCUACGAAGCGGCACGCGUAUCGUUAGCCACUCGGCCCAAAAGCACGUCAGGCGGCGGCUGCAUCAUCAUGUAGUCGCCCUCCACACCAGGCUCCUCAAUCUCGUCUAUACCCUUAUAUGGCGCGACUCACACUGGACGGCACCUUUCCGUCUCUCUCGUCAACAAUAAACGCUCGGACUACACUACUCGUCAUUUUACGGACUAUCUAUCAUUUUCUUCCUUCUCGUGCCUUGUUUUUCCUUGGUUAUGGUUCAUGCCGUUUACUCCCGUACCAUCUGCCGCCUCCAAUCUGCAUGCCGCUGUCUCGUAGUUUUCCUUGCGCAUCCCAUACUCGC